AUGCGUAUCUUGAGCCCUCUUUAUCUACCCAUCUCUGCCCUUAGAAGGCUCUUCCUCUUGAGCAACCCUAAAUCAUCAUCUGCGCCUCAACGGCCUCACUCCAAUGGGACCUUGAUGGUGAUGGUUCUUGCAGCGAUAUUCAUCUCCAUAACUUUCCUUAUUAACCACUGUUCUUCUUUCAACUACCAGCAAUACUCAUCUGUCUCGGAAAACCUUCGCUACUAUCUCAAGCUCGAUAGAACAUUCUUUCGUCUUCCUGUGUUUGCUGCUUCUCAUGUCAAGACGACCAAAGCGAAGACCCCGCUAUUGGACCCCCGGGUCUCCAUAAAUUUGCACUUACAAAAGCUCCUUGAUCAUUAUUCUGACAAUUCUAAGAUCAAUGAAAAGUUAACAGCAAACUUUGACUGGGCCGACUGGGUUGAUGUGUCGCCGGCAGAUUUGGUUUUGAAGGCGCAUGCUGAUAUUCUAAAAUCCAUUAAUGAAGAUCAGCUCAGACAACUCAUGACCAAGUUCUGCUAUGAUGAAAUGGCUGAUGAAAAAGAUCCAUGGGUUGACGACGAUUUGUAUGACAGGGAUCUUUUCUUCGAUGAGCAGAUCAAAAGUAUUGGGAUUUGCUCGGCUAUUUGGAAAAAAUAUUAUUUCCCAAACCCCGAAAGAAUUGUGUUUGAGACUGAUAAGCAAUAUUUUGAAAUUAAUGUUAAGGAUCGGAAAUCUGAUGUUGCAUCAUUGAAAAAAACUUAUGGUGAUGUGAAGCCAACCAGAGAUGACAACUAUAAACUUUCAAAAAAACUCCAAGACACCUUUGAAAAGAAUGGUGGAAAAUUAAAAGAUCUCCACCUCGAUGCAAACCGCUCAGUACCAAUGGAUUCUUUCAAGUGGGAUCCUGAUAGUGAGCUCGAUGAAUUGAAUUCUCGUCCUUAUCUUUCCCAAUCUGACGAGAAGUACCGUGAUUUUCUUCAGUAUGCUAAGGACAAUGCGGAACAACCACAUUUCUAUUUCACUUUCCCUGGUCUUAAGGUUGAUAGAAAUGCAGAAUUACACCAUUAUAAUUUCCCUUUUAUCCGUCACAUCAUAUCUCAUGAAGAACGUAUCGCUGUCAUUCAUCAUCUUGUACGCUCCUGGUUCAAAUUUUGUGAGAAUUAUGGAAUUGUCACUUGGAUCAACUAUGGUAAUUUAAUUGGGUGGUGGUUCAAUGGCCAAAAUUUGCCAUGGGAUAAUGAUAUAGAUGUACAAGUAUCAAUUCAAGAUCUUAAUCGUAUUGGUCGUGAACUUAAUAAUUCUUUGAUUGUUGAAAACCCUAAAUCGGGAAAUGGUCUCUUUUGGCUUCAAACUAACCACGUCUACUCUCAACAAGGGGCCGGCAAUAACUUUAUUGAUGCCAGAUUCAUUGACGCUCGUACCGGUAUUUAUAUUGAUAUCUCUGCUCUAUGGUAUACCGGUGAUGCCCAUCCUCCGCCAAGUUACCUUGGAAUAGACGAUAAGGCCAUCAAGAAGGACCCAGAGCACAAACUUCCUGUCCAUUGCAAACAUCUACAAUUCUUCACUUUAGAUGAUCUUUUCCCGUUACAUCGUACCAUUUUCGAAGGCGCGCAAGCCUACAUUCCUCGUAAAGUGGAACGUAUUCUUAACAGAUUCUACGGUGAUAGACCUUUCGAAGAGUAUAAAUGUUUUGACCAUAGCUUCCAGUCAGACAUUGGUAUUUGGGUGCCUGAUGAAAUCUGUGCUGACCCACCCCAGGAUUUAGUUAGCCGUUUCAACGAUCGUGGAGACUUGACUUUGCCGGGGGCGUGUAACAAUCGUGAUUUGCAGGAUCAAUUCAAUAGAGCAAAAGACGCUAUAACUUUACACUGGAGAGAGGUUAGAGAUUUCUAUAAGCAAGGCAAGGAACCAACAGAAAUAACAAAUGAAGACUUGCCUGUGUUUAGAGAAGACCCAUUUGAGGCCUUUGAUUUGUCUCAAAGGGAACAUGGAACAAGAAAUUGGGAAAUUUAA